UUUCCCGUAGCGACCUUCUAGAAAUAGCGCCCCCUCGUGGCCUUUCUCUGCUCUGUAGCAGGUUAGCCAGCUCCGGUGCUACGUUAGGAUGCUGCGGAACACGCGCCGCACGUUUAGCCCUUUAACAGCGCGCGGUGGGUUCACAUUGAUACGAGGAGCUGCAGAGGAUCCCAGUGUACCCUGAAUAUGUGGCGCUGUCACGGCUGACUGCAUGGACCCGAGGUGACUGAAGCAAGCUGGGGAAGCUGCAGCCCCUGUGGGCGACGGAUGUGGGGGUCAAACAUGUCUCCAUAUCUGGCUGUGAUGCUUCUGGUGGUCCUCUGUGUCCUACUGCCAGGAUUAAGCCACGGAGGCUCUGAAAUGGAUCCGUACAAAAUCUUAGGGGUAACCAGGCGGGCAAGCCAGGCAGAGAUCAAGAAGGUCUACAAGCGUCUGGCUAAAGAAUGGCAUCCUGACAAAAACAAAGAUCCAGGUGCCGAGGACAUGUUUAUCAAGAUCAUUAAAUCUUAUGAGAUCCUGUCCAGCGAAGACAAACGUGCCAACUAUGACCGUUACGGCCAGACUGACGACACCCAGGCGUACGGCGGCGGCCGAUACGGCCCUCCCCAGGACAGCUUUUACCCUGACGAGUCCUUCUUCAACUUCCCAUUCAACACCAAGAACCAGAGGGACUUCACAGACAGCAAGUACACGCUGCACUUCAACCAGUACAUUGGCGAGGUGGUCCCUGACAGCUACAGGAGGCCGUACCUGAUAAAGAUCACCUCCGACUGGUGCUUCAGCUGCAUCCAUAUCGAGCCUGUGUGGAAGGAAGUGGUGCAGGAGAUGGAGGGUCUAGGCGUCGGGAUCGGCGUGGUGGAUGUUGGCUACGAGAGGCGGUUAGCCAAUCACCUCGGUGCUCAUCGCACCCCGUCUAUUCUUGGUGUUAUCAGUGGAAAGGUGACGUUUUUCCAUUACGCCGUAGCAAAGGAGCAUCUGAGGCAGUUCGUUGAAGACCUAUUGCCUCAGAGACUUGUAGAGAGGAUCACUGACAAAAAUGAGCAGCAGUUCUUAAACAGCUGGCAUGCUCUAAACAAACCACAUGUGCUCCUGUUUGACCAGGUUCCGAGUGUCCCUCUGCUAUACAAAGUAGGUUCUAAUACGUUUUUUAAAGUCGUAGGGAAAUCAUAUUUAAAUGUCAAAUCAUUCUGGCUUGUGGUGAUACUGGAGAGGCGUAACGCCGCCGGCAAAGCGUUUUUCAAGCCAGUGACGGCGUGGAACGGCAGUGAGGAAGACAAGCUGCGUCUCUUGGAGGAGCUGGAGCGACUCCAGAAGGACCCGUCCAUCCUCAUCCAUGACGUCCUGCUACCUGAACUCAACAACGAGUUUGCCUCGAUGUUUGUGGUCCGGUGGAUCUCUGCAUCCUACGAUUACCUCUCUGAAAUCAUUGAUGACAUUCUUCAUAACAACUGGCGUGAGAUGAUGCCUCUCCUGUCCCUCAUCUUCUCUGCUUUGUUCAUCUUGUUUGGAACCGUAGUGAUCCAGGCUUUCAGUGACUCCAGUGAGGAUAAGCAGAUGAAACCAAAAGCAAAAGAUGGAGCUAAAGCAGAAAAUGGGUCAUCAGAGACUAGCAGCGCCUCACGACCUCCGAAAAAGACUUUUGUGGAGGUGACCGAGCUGACGGACAUCACCUACAUGAGCAACCUGGUGAAGCUGAGGCCUGGACACAUCAACAUAGUCCUGGUCCUCACUGACGCUUCCAAAAACAUCCUUCUUAGCAAGUUUGCUAAAGAAGUGUAUUCCUUUACGGGGAGUCACACACUUCACUUCUCCUUCCUGAACCUCGACAAGCACGGCGACUGGAUGAGCGCCCUCCUGGAAUACGCACCGGGCGCGGCGCAGGUGGACGACGACGAAGGCGGGAGCCGUAAAGUGGACUACACCGGCUUCGUGCUGGCACUGAACGGCCACAAAAAGUACCUGUGUCUCUUCAAGCCCGUCUACACCGGAGAGGACCUCGAAGGCAAGUCGUCCGAGGACGAAGCGGCGCCGUCAGCAGGCAGAUCGAGGCCCGGUCAUCCUCCAAGGAAAUCCGGGCGCUCUCGCAGCACGUCCACUCUACAGAUCCACCACAAGCUGGACCGGCUGGGGCUGUGGAUGGAAAGACUCAUGGAGGGGACCUUGCCUCGUUUCUACGUCCCGGCAUGGCCAGGGGUCGAUAAGAUCACACCAAGUAAAUAGAUGAUGGAGGAAACUCAUUAGGCCCCGUUUUAUAUCAAAGACCUUAAAUAAGUGCAGAUUUUUGUGGAAUAGGAUGUUCCCCUUCAGAAACAAACCAUUCCAUCCAGUAAACUUUAUUUGAAACAAAUACUAUCUAUUAGUAUUACAUUUGAGUAAGUAUACUUUAUUAUCUCUAAAUACAUAAACCUGAUAAUUAAGUAUCUUAAAUAAAUAAGCUUUAUUAUACAAAUGAGUAUGGAUCAUGUAAGUUUUUUUUACAUUUGUGUUAAAAUUAUCUAAAAAAAAAAAAAAGCACAUGUUUGAAUCUGUUUGGCAUUGCUUGCUGCAUUAAUGUUU